GGCUGAAGCGACGGUGGGUGGAGUACAGGAAGCUGCUGCUGUCCUCGGCUAUCUGAUCAUGGCCCAAAUCUAAUUCCAACACAAACAGACAAGCCGAGACUGCGGACUUUCCUGAUUUGAUAUCCGUGCUUUCCUUUCUCGACUGAUUUGUGGGAGGGAUUGAUCGAGGAGCUCCAAGAUGUCUCGGGGAGUGAUCCAGCCCAGCCAGCAGAAGCUGGCCGAGAAGCUCACCAUCCUCAACGACAGAGGCAUCGGGAUGCUGACCCGUGUUUACAAUAUCAAAAAGCAAGGACAAGUUUGGAAGGCAUGCGGAGACCCCAAGGCCAAGCCCUCCUACCUGGUGGACAAGAACCUGGAGUCUGCCGUCAAGUUCAUCGUCAGGAAGUUCCCAGCUGUGGAGACGCGGAACAACAACCAACAGCUGGCUCAGCUGCAGAAGGAGAAGUCGGAGAUUCUGAAGAACUUGGCUCUCUACUACUUUACCUUUGUAGAUGUCAUGGAAUUUAAGGACCACGUGUGCGAGCUGCUCAACACCAUUGACGUGUGCCAAGUCUUCUUUGACAUUACGGUGAACUUUGAUCUGACGAAGAACUACCUGGACCUGGUGGUGACUUACACUACACUCAUGAUCAUAUUGUCACGCAUCGAGGAGAGGAAAGCCAUCAUCGGCCUGUACAACUACGCUCACGAGAUGACGCACGGCGCCAGUGACCGUGAGUACCCCAGGCUGGGCCAGAUGAUCGUGGAUUACGAAAACCCUCUGAAGAAGUUGAUGGAGGAGUUUGUCCCACAUGGGAAGUCUCUGUCUGACGCGCUGAUCAGCCUUCAGAUGGUCUACCCCAGAAGGAAUCUGUCCGCCGACCAGUGGAGGAACGCCCAGCUGCUCUCGCUCAUCUCGGCUCCCUCCACCAUGCUCAACCCUGCGCAGUCGGACACUAUGCCCUGUGAAUACUUGUCUCUGGACGCGAUGGAGAAAUGGAUAGUCUUCGGUUUCAUCCUGUGUCACGCGGUGCUGACCGGCGACGCGGCGGCGUUGUCGCUGUGGAAGCUGGCGCUGCAGAGCUCCACCUGCCUGUGUCUGUUCAGGGAUGAAGUCUUCCACAUCCACAAGGCUGCUGAGGACCUCUUUGUCAACAUCCGAGGGUACAACAAGCGCAUCAAUGACAUCCGAGAGUGCAAGGAACAGGCCCUGUCUCACGCAGGCUCCAUGCACCGAGAGCGACGCAAGUUCCUCAGGUCCGCGCUCAAGGAGCUGGCCACCGUCUUGGCGGACCAGCCGGGCCUGCUGGGUCCGAAGGCGUUAUUUGUUUUCAUGGCUUUGUCAUUUGCCCGAGACGAGAUCAUCUGGUUGCUCCGACACGCCGACAACAUCCAGAAGAAAAGCACGGACGACUUCAUUGACAAACACAUCGCGGAGCUGAUCUUCUACAUGGAGGAGCUGCGAGCCCACGUGAGGAAAUACGGCCCCGUCAUGCAGAGAUACUACGUACAGUACCUGUCGGGCUUCGACGCCGUCGUACUCAACGAGCUGGUGCAGAACCUGUCCGUGUGUCCAGAGGACGAGUCCAUCAUCAUGUCUUCAUUUGUCAACACGAUGACCUCUCUCAGCGUCAAACAAGUCGAGGAUGGCGAGGUGUUCGACUUCAGAGGCAUGAGGCUGGACUGGUUCAGACUGCAGGCCUACACCAGCGUGUCCAAGGCCAGCCUCGGUAUCGCCGACCACAAGGAGCUCGGCAAAAUGAUGAACACCAUCAUCUUCCACACCAAGAUGGUGGACUCGCUGGUGGAGAUGCUGGUGGAGACUUCAGACCUCUCCAUAUUCUGUUUCUACAGCCGUGCGUUUGAGAAGAUGUUCCAGCAGUGCUUGGAGCUUCCCUCGCAGAGCCGCCACUCCAUCUGCUUCCCUUUGCUUUGCACACACUUCAUGUCCUGCACACACGAGCUCUGUCCUGAGGAGCGUCACCACAUAGGGGACCGCAGCUUGUCGUUGUGUAACAUGUUUCUGGAUGAGAUGGCCAAACAAGCCCGAAACCUCAUCACGGAUAUCUGCACUGAACAAUGUACACUCAGCGACCAGCUGCUUCCCAAACACUGCGCCAAGACCAUCAGCCAGGCCGUCAACAAGAAGAGCAAGAAGGCCACGGGGAAGAAGGGCGAGCCGGAGAGAGAGAAACCGGGAGUGGAGAGCAUGAGGAAGAACCGACUACUGGUCACCAAUCUGGACAAACUGCACACAGCGCUAUCGGAACUCUGCUUCUCCAUCAACUACGUUCCCAACUUGGCGGUGUGGGAGCACACGUUCACGCCGAGGGAGUACCUCACCUCCCACCUGGAGAUCCGGUUUACCAAGUCCAUUGUGGGCAUGACCAUGUACAACCAGGCCACGCAGGAGAUCGCCAAGCCCAGCGAGCUGCUGACCAGCGUGCGGGCCUACAUGACGGUGCUGCAGUCCAUCGAGAACUACGUCACCAUCGACAUCACGCGCGUCUUCAACAACGUCCUGCUGCAGCAGACGCAGCACCUGGACAGCCACGGCGAGCCCACCAUCACCAGCCUCUACACCAACUGGUACCUGGAGACGUUGCUCCGGCAGGUCAGCAACGGGCACAUCGCUUACUUUCCGGCCAUGAAGGCCUUCGUGAACCUGCCCACGGAGAACGAGCUGACCUUCAACGCUGAGGAAUACUCGGACAUCUCAGAGAUGCGUUCGCUGUCUGAGCUGCUGGGGCCGUACGGCAUGAAGUUCCUCAGCGAGAGCCUCAUGUGGCACAUCUCCUCGCAGGUGGCCGAGCUCAAGAAAUUGGUAGUGGAGAACAUGGAAGUUUUGACCCAGAUGAGAACCAGCUUUGACAAACCCGACCACAUGGCAGCGCUGUUCAAGAAGCUCACAUCUGUGGACAGCGUCCUCAAGAGGAUGACUAUCAUCGGCGUCAUCCUCUCCUUCCGCUCCCUGGCCCAGGAAGCGCUCCGAGACGUGUUAUCGUGCCACAUUCCCUUCCUGGUCAGUUCGGUGGAGGAUUUCAAGGACCACAUUCCCAGGGAGACGGACAUGAAGGUGGCCAUGAACGUCUACGAGCUGUCUUCCGCCGCCGGUUUGCCCUGCGAGAUCGACCCGGCGCUGGUGGUGGCGCUGUCCUCGCAAAAGAGCGAGAACAUCAGUCCAGAGGAGGAGUACAAGAUCGCGUGUCUAUUGAUGGUGUUUGUGGCCGUUUCCUUGCCGACGCUGGCCAGCAACGUGAUGUCGCAGUACAGUCCCGCCAUCGAGGGCCACUGUAACAACAUCCACUGCCUGGCCAAAGCCAUCAACCAGAUCGCCGCCGCGCUCUUCACCAUCCACAAAGGAAGCAUCGAGGACCGCCUCAAAGAGUUCCUGGCUCUGGCCUCGUCCAGCCUCUUAAAGAUCGGCCAGGAGACGGACAAGAUGACGACGCGUAACAGAGAGUCGGUUUACCUGCUGCUGGACAUGAUUGUGCAGGAGUCCCCCUUCCUGACCAUGGACCUGCUGGAAUCCUGCUUCCCAUACGUGCUCCUGCGUAACGCCUACCACGCUGUCUACAAGCAGAGCAUCAGCGCCAACGCAUGAACACACACGCACACACACACACAACCCUGCCGUCUGCUUCCGGUGUAGACGCACAACUGACACUAAAACACGCCUUGACACAUUACAGAGUUCCUCCGCUCAUUCACGAUUCACUACUUGAAAUUUUUGGGGAAAACAAUCCAUUGUUAUUCGCUGAAAAACUAAACUCCAAACAUCUUAAAAUGCCACAAUAUCACAACUAAGCCCUGUCUAAUGGAAAAGUAGUGCUUUGGCGCCAUCUUUUGGCAUUGAUAGGAAGUUCUGAACCUUUCUGGGCGUGCAUCAAUACCUUGCAGAUUUUCACAAUUGACAGCAGGGCUCAUUCCCGAUCCCACACAACGUUUCGGGGAUUACAGUAAAAUGAAUGGCGAAAGAAAAUCUGCUCGCCACACGCUCAACUCACUUCAACGUAGUUCUCUGGUACAAAGGUGGUGGAAAAGCACUCCUUUUGUUGCUUUGGCAAAGGGGUGCGUUUUUUUUUUUCCAGCAAAUAACAAAGGAUCGGAUCUAAAAAAAACAAAAAAACAUUUGCGAAUAAAUGAAUUUGCAAAUGCCGAAACACGAAGAUGUGGGGGUUCGAUGUAUGUACUACUACCAAGUUAAAAAAAACAACAAAAACGCACACACAUACAUACAUAAGAUGGCUGACCAACAUGUGACACAUACACACGAGCUGGAUGAAGUUGGGGAUCAGUGUCUACAUUUUUUGUGUUUUAAUUCCUUUUUGGUUUUUUUAUGAUGAUGCUGUCAUGCUGUUGCUAAGGGCAUCGUAACCACGGCAACACUUAAUAAACUUGAGCAUUUGUUUGUUAUGAAAGGUCAAAAAAAAUUAUAAAUAAAUAGUAUAUAUAAAUAUACAGUAUAUAUAUUGCGUUGACACUAAACUAUUUGAGCGCCGGUGACGGAUUUGGAUGAUUUUCUUGAUGUUUUUUCCUUUUUUUGCUCGAAGGAGGGCAGCUGACGUUUGCUUGCUCUUUGUGUACAUUUUCCAUUUAUGACGCGGACAGUCGAAUCAUUUCAUAAGCAAAAACACAAACUCAUGCGCAUACACUUGUAACAUGGUGAUUUGUUCUUUUCUAGCUAGUGAUAACCGGAACUCUUUGUGUGUUCACAAACAAAAACAACAACAAGAAAGGAAAAAAAAAAAAAAAAAAGUUUUUGAUGUGAACUCAACUGGUCUGUUUUUACGUUUUCUUACUUUUACAAAUUUGCCAAAUGUGUGAACAACACUACAUAAUGUUUGUGUGAGCGAGGGAAGGGAAGCAAGGCAUUCUGUAACCCAGUGCAGUGGAAAAAGGCCAGGAAGCCCUCGGCUGCUGUCAAUGACGGUUAAUAAAGUACAAGUGAACAUCU